ACAGGUCUGGCCUCGCCCCACAGACAAUGGCCUUGCCCCCAUGAGCUAGAGCCUGCCCCUCGGUGCCUGCCCACCACCCACCAGCAGGAUGCAGCUGUGGAAGGCAGUGGUGGUGACCCUGGCCUUCAUGAGCUUGGACGUCGGCAUGACCACGGCCAUCUACGUCCUCAGCCACCUGGACCGCAGCCUCCUGGAGGACAUCCGGCACUUCAACAUCUUUGACUCGGUGCUGGACCUCUGGGCGGCCUGCCUGUACCGCAGCUGCCUGCUGCUGGGGGCCACCAUCGGCGUGGCCAAGAACAGCGCCCUGGGGCCCCGGCGGCUGCGGGCCUCAUGGACGGUCAUCGCCCUGGUGUGCCUCUUUGCGGGCAUCUACACCAUGGUGAAGCUGCUGCUCUUCUCCGAGGUACGCAAGCCGGUCCGGGACCCGUGGUUCUGGGCCCUCUUUGUGUGGACCUACAUCUCACUCGCUGCGUCCUUCCUGCUCUGGUGGCUGCUGUCCACAGUGCAGCCGGACGCCAAGGCCCUCGAGCGGGGGGCAGGGGCCGAGGCCGAGGGCCUCCCUGGGGAGGACCGGCCCGCGCCCGAGCAGGCCUCCAGGGCCACGCUGCAGAAGCUGCUGUCCUACACCAAGCCCGACAUCGCCUUCCUCGUGGCCGCCUCCUCCUUCCUCAUCAUGGCAGCGCUGGGAGAGACCUUCCUCCCCUACUACACGGGCCGGGCCAUCGAUGGCAUCGUCAUCCAGAAGAGCAUGGAGCAGUUCAGCACGGCCGUCACCGUCAUGUGUGCGCUGGCCAUCGGCAGCUCAUUUGCCGCAGGUAUUCGGGGCGGCAUUUUUACCCUCAUAUUUGCCAGACUGAACAUUCGCCUUCGGAACCGUCUCUUCCGCUCGCUGGUAUCUCAGGAGACGAGCUUCUUUGACGAGAAUCGCACAGGGGACCUCAUCUCCCGCCUCACCUCGGACACCACCAUGGUCAGCGACCUGGUCUCCCAGAAUAUCAACAUCUUCCUGCGGAACACGGUCAAGGUCACGGGCGUGGUGGUCCUCAUGUUCAGCCUCUCCUGGCAGCUCUCCUUGGUCACCUUCAUGGGCUUCCCCAUCAUCAUGAUGGUGUCUGACAUCUACGGCAAGUACUACAAGAGGCUCUCCAAAGAGGUCCAGAAUGCCCUGGCCAGAGCCAGCAGCACGGCUGAGGAGACCAUCAGCGCCAUGAAGACAGUCCGGAGCUUUGCCAACGAGGAGGAAGAGGCGGAGGUGUACUCGCGGAAGCUGCAGCAGGUCUACAAGCUGAACAGGAAGGAGGCUGCGGCCUACAUGUACUACGUCUGGGGCAGUGGGCUCACUCUGCUGGUGGUCCAGGUCAGUAUCCUCUACUAUGGGGGCCACCUCGUCAUCUCAGGGCAGAUGACCAGCGGCAAUCUCAUCUCCUUCAUUAUCUACGAGUUUGUCCUGGGAGAUUGUAUGGAGUCCGUGGGCUCCGUCUACAGCGGCCUGAUGCAAGGAGUGGGCGCCGCGGAGAAGGUGUUCGAGUUCAUUGACCGGCAGCCAACCAUGGUGCAUGAUGGGAACUUGGCCCCUGACCACCUGGAGGGCCGGGUGGACUUUGAGAACGUGACCUUCACCUACCGCACUCGGCCCCACACCCAAGUCUUGCAGAAUGUCUCCUUCAGCCUGUCCCCAGGAAAGGUGACAGCGCUCGUGGGGCCGUCGGGCAGUGGCAAGAGCUCCUGCGUCAACAUCCUGGAGAACUUCUACCCCCUGGAAGGGGGUCGCGUGCUGCUGGAUGGAAAGCCCAUCAGCGCCUAUGACCACAAGUACUUGCACCGAGUGAUCUCCCUGGUGAGCCAGGAGCCAGUGCUGUUCGCGCGCUCCAUCACAGACAACAUCUCCUACGGCCUGCCCGCCGUGCCCUUCGAGGUGGUAGUGGAGGCCGCACAAAAGGCAAAUGCCCAUGGCUUCAUCAUGGAACUCCAGGAUGGCUACAAUACAGAGACGGGGGAGAAGGGUGCCCAGCUGUCGGGCGGCCAGAAGCAGCGGGUGGCCAUGGCCCGGGCUCUGGUGCGGAACCCACCCGUGCUCAUCCUGGACGAAGCUACCAGCGCCCUGGAUGCAGAAAGCGAGUUCCUGAUCCAGCAGGCCAUCCACGGCAACCUGCAGAAGCACACGGUGCUCAUCAUCGCGCACCGGCUGAGCACGGUGGAGCGGGCGCACCUCAUCGUGGUGCUGGACAAGGGCCGCGUGGUGCAGCAGGGCACACACCAGCAGCUGCUGGCCCAGGGUGGCCUCUACGCCAGGCUGGUGCAGCGGCAGAUGCUGGGGCUCGAGCCCGCCUCGGACUGCACAGCCGGCCACAGGGAGCUGCCGGGCAACGGCGGUCACAAGGCCUGACCGUGGGCCCUGCCUCUCCUGGUGGGGCAGAGGCUCCAGU